AUGCGUCAGGCCCCCUUCCUGUUCAGACAGCUUUCCAGCAACCCUGAUCCAGCUGAAACAGGUAUCCCAGGCCCUCUGGGGGUCCCGGGUCCCCUGGGGCCUGUGGGGUUUCCCGGGCCCCAGGGGCCCCCGGGAGAGAAGGGCCAGCGAGGGGACGAGGCCCUGCCCAGCCCAGCAGGCCUUAAGGGAGACGUGGGUCAUCCUGGUGCAGCUGGCGGGCCAGGGGUUCCAGGGGUUGAUGGGUGUAACGGGACUCGAGGAGAGAGAGGUCUCCCUGGGCCAGAAGGCGGCUCCGGGCUCCAGGGGCUCCAGGGAUACCCUGGUCCAAAGGGAGCUCGAGGAGACCUAGCAGUUCAGGUCCUACAAUACCCUGGACUACCUGGAGAUCCUGGAUCAGAUGGCCCUAACGGCCGUGCUGGUGAGCAGGGGUACCAAGGCUUCCCUGGCCGUUCAGGGCCCAAUGGACCAGACGGACAAGAUGGUCUGCCGGGACUUCCUGGGUUCAGAGGUCUGCCAGGAGAAAAGGGGAGGUCAUUGCCUGGGCAACAAGGAGAGGAGGGGAACCAGGGCCCCCAGGGUCCUCCGGGGCCCUUUGAGAUCGUUGAGCCUCCCUGGGAGCGCUACAUCAAGGGCAGCAAGGGCGUAGACUCUGAGCCGGAGGAGAAGGGGGAGAUGGGAUCUGUUGGGUUCCCAGGACUAAGGGGUAUCACAGGAAUCCCGGGACUUCCUGGGCUUCAAGGAUGGAAGGGGAUUGUGGGUAGUCCUGGUCUCCCUGGGUUGAUUGGGACUGACGGUUCUAAGGGAUUUAUCGGUGACAUGGGAUUUAAGGGCGCUACAACAUACAUAGAAGUCAACCACACGGGGAACGUGGGAGACCCAGGGGCCCUGGGCCAGCGGGGGCCCACGGGAGAGAGGGGGUUCAUGGGGAUGCACGGCCCUCGAGGUGCAGCCGGGGAAUCAGUAGCCGGGCCUGCUGGGACUCCCGGUGCGGCAGGACCUCCAGGAACCUGGGGGGAUAAAGGCGAGCCAGGGAAACUGUUAUCCAGCCAUCCCAUUCCAGGCGAACCUGGAAAGAAGGGUCCCGAGGGGCCAGAAGGCCCCAAGGGCCUGGAAGGAGCGCCAGGGCGUUACUGUCUACCUGGGCCUCCAGGGGAGACCGGAGAGCAAGGUCAACAGGGACCUCCAGGGGGGAGGGGCUUCCCGGGGAUUAAAGGUCAUGAUGGAGACUGUUCCUGUGGUCCUCCCACUGAGGUCAAAGGAUUGCCAGGUGCAGCAGGAGUGGCUGGGUUGCCAGGGUUACCCGGAUCCCAAGGGCCUCAAGGACCAAGAGGAGACCCUGGUUACCACGGAGACGAGGGUGGAGUGGGUUUCGAGGGACUCUGGGGGUUCCCAGGGGUCAGAGGGGUCAAAGGUCAGAAAGGAGUGCUCUACCUGAUGGACAUAAAAGGCCAGAAGGGGGUGCAAGGAAGCUUGGGGAGCCCCGGUCAGCCCGGCUUCAUGGGGAGGAGAGGGGAAGAUGGGCCCCCAGGGGCCCCGGGAGACACCGGCCCUGAGGGCGAUGUUGUAGCUGGCCCUCCAGGGGAGAGGGGCGACCCGGGCCUUCAGGGAGCCAGGGGCCUCCCAGGGGGGCUGGGGCCCGCCGGCCAGGACGUCCUCGGAGCCAUGGGGCGACGCGGGGCCCAUGGAGAAGUGGGACCCCCGGGACCCAGGGGCCAGCCGGGCCCCGCGGGGGUCAGGGGUAAGAAACACACGCAUACCUUCUAUGGAGGGAGGAUGUACACGGGUCAUGCUGCCGUGUGUACCCAGUCACCCCGGGCCCCCAGGGGAGAAGGGAGAGACCGGAGACUCAGGGGCGUCUUGUCCGCAGGGGUUUGGGGGAUCCCGGGGCCUCCAGGACCCAGGGGCCACAUGGGGCCUGACGGGCUGAGAGGAGACCCAGGGGACGCGGGCCUCCGAGGACUCCAAGGACCGCAAGGAGUGUCUGGGUGUGUUGGAGAUUCUGGCCAUGAAGGAUCUGAGGGAAUCACUUAUGAAGGAACGCCAGGUGUUCCAGGUGUUCCAGGUGUCCCAGGGCUGCAGGGACCCAGCGGAGAUCCUGUCUUGGGCCCCCCGGGACCGCUGGGAUUCCCAGGACAAUCAGGCCCCCAGGGACCCAAGGGAGUGCCUGGUCCACCUGGUACCCCCGGGCUAACAGGAAUUGAGGGGCCCGCCGGAGAGUCUGGUUUCCGGGGCUCAAGAGGAGAGGACGGGGCCCCAGGAACAGUGGGGCCCCCUGGCCCUCCGGCUGAAGCGUGCAGCUCAGGAGCGAGAGGGCAGCAGGGCCUGCGUGGCCCCCCUGGACCCAGCGGACCCCCAGGCUUCAUGGGGGAAAAGGGAAAAGUUGGGGCGGAAGGAAGGCCAGGCAUUGGCCCCCAGGGGCCAAAGGGUAAGCCGGGUUCCCCGGGCUUUCAGGGAUACCGGGGACCAGUGGGCGCUUCAGGCCCCCCCGGUGAGCAUGGGGAGGCAGGAGGCACCGGACCGAGAGGUACGGCGGGCCCCCCAGGGGGAGACGGGGCUCCGGGUAUGCAGGGGCGCGCUGGGCUUCUUGGGGUCCCGGGCCUCAGAGGUGGGACGGGAGACGACGGCGCUCUGGGCAUCCCUGGCACGGACGGGCUGAAAGGAGAAAAAGGAGGUCGUGGGGCCCCGGGGCCAGAGGGAGCAGUGGUCGCUGUCCCGAUUAGAGGGGAGUAUGGCCCUACAGGGGCCCCUGGGCUGGCUGGCUUCACAGGACAACGAGGGAUCAAGGGCCUCCAGGGAAACAGGGGCCUACCCGGGUAUCCAGGCUUUGAUGGGCCCCCAGGAGUAGAGAAAGGCAUCAGAGGGCCUCCAGGGGCCCCUGGGAGACAGGGGCCACCAGGAACCCCUGGCUCUCCAGGACGCAUGGGCUUCAUUGGUUUCCCUGGAGAAGCUGGUGAUCUGGGAGAGCCUGGGUGUACGGGGCCUAGUGGGGUCCCCGGCUUCCCUGGCCACCCCGGUGCUAAAGGUGAGACAGGAGAGUCCGUCAGCACCCCCGGACCCCCUGGCGACCAGGGGCCGAUGGGAGCCAUGGGCCAAUCAGGCCACCCUGGAGGACAGGGAGACCCUGGAGAGACAGGUGAACCAGGGCCCCCAGGAGGCCCGGGCUCUACCGGAGGACCGGGUCACCAGGGGCCGGUCGGUCCAGCGGGUAAACCACAUCUAGUAGACACAGCUCUCUGUCCCUCUGUCUAUCUACCUGUCUAUCUUUCUAUGCCUUUCUACCUACCUGUCGACCUACCUGUCGACCUGUCUGUGUACAUAUCUACCUGUCUGUCUAACUGUCUACUUACCGAUCUACCUGUCUGUCGUGUACCUGGUCCCCAGGGUCCCAGUGGGGGUCCUGGGUGUGAAGGGUUUCCUGGGGAGGACGGUCGCCCGGGAGAGAAAGGAGACGACGGAGAGACAGGACUACAAGGUCCUCCUGGUCCGCUCGGUCUUCACGGAUUGGACGGACUGAAGGGAGUGAAGGGAGACCCUGGAGCUAGAGGUCCAGCCUUGCCUGGGGUCCCGGGUUCUCCAGGCCUUCCAGGUGAUAAGGGACCCAGAGGCAGUCCGGGCGCCUGGGGGCCCUCUCAGCCUGGACGCCCCGGGCCCCGGGGCCAGACUGGCCUCACAGGACCCCCAGGUCUUUGUGGAGCUGCAGGUGUACCAGGAGCAGCCUGUGACAAGCCGAUUGCUGGUUGCUAUGGAGAUACAGGAUACCCAGGACCUGACGGAGACCAAGGUCUACCUGGGGAAGCAGGCCUGCCUGGCUCCAUCCUGAUGGUUGCCGGGGACGACGGGGCGGCGGGGGAGGCCGGCCCCCCAGGGCUGAAGGGAGAGACAGGGAUGGCAGGCGCUGACGGACCUGCGGGGGCUGUAGGCCUACCAGGGGUCAAAGGGGGGCCUGGGGCCCCCGGUGCCAUGGGGCUCCCCGGACAUCAGGGCUCUCGAGGGAACUGUGGGCCCCCAGGGGCCGCUGGAGACGCUGGGCCCCCGGGCUCCACAGGUCCCAAAGGGGAGCGAGGCAGAGUGAUCCCUCCUCCCCAAGUCUUCCCGCCCAGGGGUCCCGCAGGUCACCCGGGGGUCCCGGGCCAGACAGGUUCUCCUGGCCCCCCCGGAACCACAGGCCUCAAGGGGCCCCGAGGACCGAAAGGGAAUCCAGGAGCCGCCGGGGGCGCAGGAAGAGCCGGGGCCCGGGGCCUGGAUGGGCCCCUGGGGGAGGGAGGAGCCCAGGGGGAGAGAGGAGUGGUGGGAGCUCAGGGUGAGGAGACCUGGGCUCUGUUUAAUGAUGGUCAAACUGGUCCAGCAGGUAACCCUGGUAACCCUGGACCUAUCACAGCCUUCAGAGCUGGCUUCCUGUUGGUGAUGCACAGCCAAUCAGAAGCCAUCCCCUCGUGUCCUGACGACAUGGCAGCUCUGUGGGUGGGGUUCAGUCUGCUGUACUUGGAGGGCCAGGAGAAAGCUCACGCUCAGGACCUGGGUCAGGCGGGCUCGUGUGUGCGUCUCUUCUCCACCAUGCCCUUCUCCUACUGCAACAUGGGCUCCUGUCACUACGCCAGCCGCAACGACAAGUCCUACUGGCUGUCCACCACCGCCGCCGUGCCCAGCAUGCCCUUUGAGGGCAGUGACAUCAGAGCGCACAUCAGCCGCUGUGUGGUGUGUGAGGCGGCGUCGCCCGCGGUUACCGUGCACAGCCAAGACCCCGCCCCCCCAAAGUGCCCUCCGCACUGGAGGAACCUCUGGGUGGGGUACUCCUUCCUCAUGCACACGGGGGCGGGGGACGAGGGCGGCGGCCAGUCCCUGACCUCCUCAGGAAGCUGCCUCCAGGACUUCCGGGCCCAGCCCUACGUGGAGUGCCAGGGCCCCCGAGGGACCUGCCACUACUUCACUAACAUCUACAGCUUCUGGCUGACCAGCACGGCCCCGCGGGCCUCCUCCCCGCCCGCGCAGACGGAGCCGAUGGUGCUGCUGCAGCCCUGGCAGCAGAGAGCCACCGCAGGCCGCUGCAGCGUCUGCAUGAAAGACUGACCCCCGGGUCCUCCUCCACCUCCACCUCUGACCUCCUCCUCCUCUGACCUCCA